UGCUGGGCAACGAGCUAGUGUUUCUAUAAUCAUARAUAAAAACACGUUGUUUAACCUUGUGUGUGACAAAACGGUACUGAACGGAAGAAGAGCAAACUCCUCCGAAUCCGAUUGAAGUUUGGCGUGCAAUCCCUUCUCAAUAAUAAUAUGUGGGCGAACAAAGYCUCAAUAUCUUGUGAGUCGGCAACAGUUUCCCUGACGAAUUUCCGACCGAAUGGCCAAAAAAAUAUUUAAGAAAGUUUUCGGGAGUUUGAAAAUGUUAAGAAAAGCCAACAAGCGAGCAAGCGAGCAAGAAAAAGUUGACCAAGAAUAAAGACAAAGAUGGCAUUGAAGAUUACAUCAAUCGUAUUGUUUUUGUGUUCAGUAUAUGUGUGUUAUAACCAAGCCGUGGCUAGCGGAAAGAUCUAUUCUCUGAACUCAGCUUUCAGACAGAAAUAUCAACUGACUGACUGCAAUUUGCUGAGAGUGGAUGUUAACAGCCAAGGAGUUCCAAGCGGAUUGUCAUUCAAUGGACACUGCUGUCACACCCCGAAGCAAAAAGAUUUCAAMGUCGUUUUUUCUGCAUCAAGUCGAGGAUUGACAGCCACAUUACAAUGGCAACACGACACHAGUUAUUAUUUAACAGCAAAAACCACAGGAAAUCCACUKGUUCUGGAGCAACCUGGUUCAUCGAUAACAGACAAUCAGAAAUUCCUCGUUAGGUCGACUCUUAGUCCAGGCUGUAGUGGCUGCGUUACCUUUCAAUCAAAAGCAACUAACAAGUACCUUGCCACCAGUACCACCGGACAGAUAACCACGACCACUAACAGGAACCUUAACAGCGCGUUGUUAAGAUUAAAAGUUUGUGAUAAGGCUUACGUUACAAUGUGCAAGUAUAUCAAUGUUAGGUGUUAAGAAGUGAGACCUAAUUUAAACCUAAUUUCUACGAAAGAAGUAUGGAAUAAUCAAGUAGAGUGCAAACAAUUAAUCCGUGAAACACUAGUGCUAAUUAAACAAUAGAAAACAAUGGAAUUUGCAUGAAAUUGUGCUAUUUCGUAUUACUAAAGCCCAGUUUACACUAGCGAU